GAUCACAACUAUUCGUUAAUCCAAACAGCUUUUUGAAAUUGUGAAAAGUCAUUUCGCCACACUCUCUUCUUGUGCUGGUGUGACAAGAGCAUGAUUUUCUGAAUGCUCCCAUUAAAAAGAUGGUGGGGACCAGCUCGAUUCAUCUUCUUCCCCCCGCAACCCCGACUCUGCAACAAAAAUAUUUCAGAAUCCGGCGUCUUAAAUUUCCCCCGCCUAGCCGCCGUCGAACCCCGCCCAGACUUGCAUAGCUUCCCCUAGUCCCGCCUAAUCCCGCCUAAAAUGCUUUCCGAUUUUGUGGCCGCUUAGAAGUUAAUCGCGGCGGUCGGCCACCGUCCAGCUCCUAGGCCCGGACCAUGUUGAGCCCACCCAAAUAACCCGACGGGCCCCCGUCUCGAUUCGCUCUCGUGCUGGUCAAGUGUAAAACUGUAAAAACUCCAUGGAAGAGCUUCUGCGCGCCUUUUCAUCCUUUUGAGACAUUAUACUUAUCAAAAGAGCAGAGCAAUAUGGUUGCCACUUGCAAGUCUACACUCCCAAAACGCAGCGUUCUUCUCAUCUCUCUCCUUAAUCCUCACACUGGAUGACUGCAAAGGUUGGUACUGCAUCCACAGUCGAACCUCGCACUGCUGAGAUGUCUGGUACAACGAUGACACCUGCAUCAUCAGCUGGUACACAAAAGGUCUCCAUGUUUGCUGCCAAGGCUGGAUUUGUUAUACCAAAAAACAAGCUGUUGGGUUCACUUGUGCCUGUCUUUCGCGGAAGUAAAAACCUAGGAACCGGUGACGCAGUUAGUGGAGAAAGUAAGAAACAGAUUCAGAGGAAAACAAAAUGGGGCCCUGAUCUCACCCAAGAUGCUUCUGUCAAAAAAGGAAGAGCUUUAGCUUAUCAGGUGCCACUAAGUGAUAUUACUGCCUGUUUGGUGGUACAAAUUUUGAGUAGACUCGGGUGGAACAAAUUACACAACAGUUGAAAUCAGAAAUGUUAGAGGAUGAGAAUGAUGAGGACUUACUAUCAGCACCUCAACAUACAAGCUUCAACAAAAGAAAA